AUGCUAAGAGAGACAAACAUCAAAGCCCAUGGCAAUCUGGGCUUCACUGUGUUGUUCACAGACCUUAGGGCCCGAGUUUUCAUAGACCAUCACCGCCUAUUUCCACACCAGCUGCUGACACAUAUCUCUCCUUCCCAUCUCAUUUCAGAAGCAAAAAGGGAAAUGAAAAUAGAGGCCACAGGGCUUUCUUUUCUUGGAAUCUCUGCUGCUAGCCUGUGUAUAACAUCUCAUGUCACAUUUUCUAAAUGCUUCCCAAACAGCCAGUCAGCAGCCAGUCAGCUUCUUAAUUCCUGGGUUUGGAGUCUUUUCUCCUAA